AUGCCUGCUAAACAUCAAAUUACUCAGAAAUUAAACCUAAAUAAUUCAGACAUGAACAUGUGUAGUUUGAUUUAUUUUAAAAGAAUGGAUGAGGAUGACUAUAGAGGAGAAAGUGAGGUGGAACCAGACAGUGAUCAUGAUGAUAUUGAAGAAGAAUCUCAACUGAGUCGAUGGCUGGCCAAUACCAACACUCAUCACUUCUCAACGAAUAGAACUGAUUUGAAGCAUCCUGAUUUAUAUUGUGAAGUGAAAAUUUAUAAAAAUCUCAGAUUUCAACGCCAUUAUCUGACUUUAGUUUGCUUGUCUAAUCUCAAACCAGACUUCUAUCAAUGGUGGACAUUUUUUAUUAAUAAUUUACAAUAUGUCAACACAUUGUCAAUCAUUGAUUUAAACAACCAAUCAGAUUCAUUGUUAGAUCUGUGA